AUGAAGUAUAUUCUUACCUCCGCGUUGCUCGCCUCCUCUGCCCUUGCUUCGGUCGUCCCAAGAGACAAUAAGAAGGUCGACUACAGUGGCUUCAAGCUUCUUCGCUUGGAGAACACCGAAGGCCUCGAGGCUAAGAUCGAGGAGCUUUCGGCCCACGUCCUUAACCCCGGCAAGUCUGCUCAGCUCGAUGUCGUUGUAUCGCCCGAUAACGUCGAUGCGAUAAGCUCGCUGGCGGAGAGCAAGGUCAUUAACGAUGACGUUGGCGCCAUUCUGGCAGAGGAGGGCGAAAUGGGCGUAUAUGCUGUCCCUAGCGAGAGCUGGUUCACCGCAUACCACCCUUACGCGGAUCACUUGACAUUCCUGCGCGACCUUCAGGCCGGUUACACUGGCAAUUCGGAGAUCGUCACCUCUGGUUCUUCGGUACAGGGACGUGUCAUUACCGGUAUCCACAUCUGGGGUUCUGGUGGUAAAGGAUCGAAGCCCGCAGUGCUCAUCCACGGCACAGUCCACGCUCGCGAGUGGAUCACUACCAUGACCACCGAAUACCUUGCCUGGCAGCUGCUCACCAAGUACGCCUCGGAUGCGAACAUCAAGGCCGUCGUCGACAAGUUCGACUUCUACAUCAUGCCCAUUGUCAACCCUGACGGUUUCGUUUACUCUCAAACAACCGACCGUCUCUGGCGCAAGAACCGCAAGACCAUCAGUGGAAACAGCUGCGUCGGCACUGACAUCAACCGCAACUGGCCAUACAAGUGGGAGCUCACUAACGGUGCCAGCACCAACCCUUGCUCUGAGACAUACAAGGGUCAGGCUGCCGGAGAUACUCCUGAGAACCGCGGUCUCGUUGCCCAAGUUCAAUCGCUGAAGAACUCGCGUGGUAUCCGCUUAUACCUCGACGUCCACUCCUACGGACAGUACAUUCUUUGGCCAUACGGCUACGACUGCAGUGCCCGCCCCGAGAACGAUGCCGCGCACCGCACAUUGGCCACAGACGCCGCAUCUGCCAUCCGCGCUGUCUCGGGUACUGCUUACACUAUUGGCCCCAGCUGCUCGACUCUGUACGCUACCACUGGCUCCUCCACUGACUACACGGAUGUCACUGGCAACGCGACCUACUCUUACACCUACGAGCUCCGUGACAAGGGCACGUACGGUUUCUCUCUUCCGGCCAACCAAAUCCAACCCACUGUCAGGGAGACAUGGGCUGGCGUCCUCAGCAUGUUCAAGGCUGCUUAA